AUGGCCACUCACGGGGAGGUCUCUGAGCAAAUUCCCGAGGUUGAUGAUGAUUUUCUCCCUGAGCUCUCUGCUCUUCUCGGUGUGGAUGCGCUUCAGCUCACAAAGAGACAACAAGAAGAAGACCAUAAAGAACGAAUAAAAAUGAAGAAAGGUUUUAACUUGCACAUGCGCAGUGAAGCCAAGCGAUUAAAGACUUUUGUGACCUAUGACACAUUCAAAUCAUGGACGCCGCAGGACAUGGCAGCUGCUGGGUUUUACCACACUGGAGUAAAACUUGGGGUUCAGUGCUUCUGCUGUAGCUUAAUCCUUUUUGGCACCAACCUCAGGGAAGUUCCCUUAGAAAGCCACAAGAAAUUCCGUCCAGAAUGCGAGUUCCUUUUGGGCAAAGACGUUGGUAACAUCGGCAAGUACGACAUAAGGGUGAAGAGUCCCGAGAAGCUGAGAGGUGGCAAAGCAAGGUACCAAGAGGAGGAGGCCAGACUGGAGUCCUUUGAGAACUGGCCGUUUUAUGCCCAUGGGACAUCGCCCCGUGUGCUCUCAGCAGCUGGCUUUGUCUUUACAGGUAAAAGGGACACUGUGCAGUGUUUCUCCUGUGGUGGAUGCUUGGGAAACUGGGAAGAAGGAGAUGAUCCUUGGAAGGAGCAUGCCAAGUGGUUCCCCAAGUGUGAAUUUCUUCAAAGUAAGAAAUCCUCAGAGGAAAUUGCCCAGUAUAUUAAAAGCUACGAGGGAUUUGUCCAUGUAACGGGAGAACAUUUUGUGAAUUCCUGGGUCAGAAGAGAAUUACCUAUGGUGUCAGCUUACUGCAAUGACAGCGUCUUCGCUAAUGAAGAACUAAGGCUGGACACCUUUAAGGACUGGCCCCACGAAACCCCUGUGGCUGUUGAAGCUCUGGUCAGAGCAGGCCUUUUCUACACAGGCAUAAAGGACUCUGUCCGGUGUUUUUCCUGCGGAGGAUGUAUGGAAAAGUGGGAGGAAGGGGACGACCCACUAGAAGAGCACACCAGGUUUUAUCCCAACUGUCUCUUUCUCCAAAACCUGAAGUCCUCUGCAGAAGUGAUUCCUGACCUUCAGAGCCACUGUGCACUUCCAGAGGCCAUGAGCACCACAGGUGAAAGCAAUCAUGAGGAUCCAGUGGCUGUUCACUCUACGGUGGCCGACCUGGCUCAGAGUGCAGCCCAGUGGUUUCAAGAGGCAAAGAGUCUGAGUGAGCAGCUGAGAGGAGCCUACACCAAGGCCACUUUCCGCCACCUGAAUCUGCCAGAGGUGUGUUCCGGCCUCGGCACUGACCACUUGCUUGGUUGUGACCUGUCCAUGGUUUCAAAGCACAUCAGCAGGCCGGUGCAAGAGGCCUUGAUGCUUCCUGAGGUCCUCAGCAAUCUCAACUCCGUCAUGUGUGUGGAGGGGGAAACUGGCAGUGGGAAGACAACCUUCCUGAAGAAAACAGCUUUUCUCUGGGCAUCAGGAUGCUGUCCCCUGCUGAACAGGUUCCAGCUGGUCUUCUACAUCUCCCUGGGUUCCACCAGACCAGACCAGGGGCUGGCUGACAUCAUCUGUGCCCAACUCCUAGAGGCAGGAGGAUGCAUUAGUGAAGUGGGCCUGAGCAGCAUCAUCCAGCAGUUAAAACACCAGGUGCUGUUCCUGUUGGAUGACUACCAUGGGAUGGACUCACUGCCCCAAGCCAUAGAAACCCUGAUUACAAGAAACUACUUGACCCGAACCUGCUUAUUGAUCACUGUCCAUACAAACAGGGCCAGGAACAUCCGCCCAUACCUAGAUACAAUUCUAGAGAUCAAAGAGUUUCCCUUCUAUAACACUAUCUCUGUAUUACGAAAAUUAUUCUUCCACAAUAUUUCACGUCUGCUAGAGUUUAUGGUUUACUUUGGAAUGAGUAUUGGUUUACAGGGAAUUCACAAAACUCCUCUCUUUAUGGCAGCAGUCUGUACUGACUGGUUUCAAAAUCCUUCUGACCAGUCCUUUCAUGACGUGUCAGCUUUCAAGUCCUAUAUGAAAUACCUUUCCUUAAAACACAAGGCUACACCUGAGCCUCUCAAGGCCACUGUAUCCUCAUGUGGCCAGCUGGCCUUGAGAGGCCUUUUUUCAUUUUGUUUUGAGUUUAGUAGUGAUGACCUCUCAGAAGCAGGUGUUGAUGAAGAUGAAGAUCUGACCACCUGCUUGAUGAGCAAAUUUUCUGCCCAGAGACUGAGACCUGUCUAUCGGUUCUUAAGUCCUUUGUUCCAAGAAUUUCUUGCUGCCAUGAGGCUGACUGAGCUCCUAGGUUCAGAAAGGCAGGAAGACCAAGAUCUGGCACUUGAUUAUUUGAGGCAAAUUAACUCACCCUUGAAGGCUAUGAAUGCCUACAACAAUUUUUUGAAGUAUGUUUAUAACCACCCUUCAUCAAAGGCAGGGCCAAAAAUUGUAUCUCAUUUGCUUCAGUUGGUGCAUGAUAAAGAGUCGCUGGAGAACAUGUCUGAAAAUGAGGAUUAUGUGAAGCGCCAUCCAGAAACUUCCUGGAUGAUGCAGUUAAUUAAGGGAUUAUGGCAGGUAUCUCCUGAAGCUUUCUUUUUAUUCGUUUCAGAACAUCUAUUGAGCAUUGCUCUAAACUUUGCUUAUGAAAGCAACACGGUGGCUGCAUGUUCUCCAUUUAUUUUGCAGUUCCUUCGAGGGAGAACACUAGCUUUGAAUGUACUGAAUUUACAGUACUUUGGGGACCACCCAGAAAGCCUGCUACUGUUGAGGAGUGUAAAAGUCUCCAUAAAUGGAAAUAAAAUGCAACCCAGAGCAGGUUACUCAGUCAUGGAAAAAUGUUUUGAAACAUUACAGCCACCAACCAUAGAUGAGGACUAUGCAUCUGCCUUUGAACAUAUGAAGGAAUGGGAGAAAAAUAUAGCUGAAAAUGAAGCUAAAAUGAGAAGUUUUCUGAAUGACAAAACCCAGCAUCCACCCAACAUCAGUGCUGGCUACUGGAAACUGUCCCCCAAGCCGUACAAGAUUCCUAGGCUGGAAGUCGAAGUGGCCAACAUGGGUCCAGCAGACCAAGCACUUCUCCGGGUCCUAAUGGAAGUCUUCUUGGCAUCACAGAAUAUUGAACUCCAUUUGAACCACAGCAGUGGCUUUCUUGAAAGCAUCCGCCCAGCUCUAGAGCUGAAUAAGACCUCGGUCACCAAGUGCUCCAUGCGCAGACUGGAGCUCAGUCCAGCGGAACAGGAGCUGCUUCUCGACCUGCCUGCCCUGCAGUCUCUUGAGGUCUCAGGGACAAACCAGUUACCAGAUCAACUCUUCGCUAACUUGGACAAGUUCUCAAGCCUGAAAGAACUGUCUGUGAGACUAGAUGGUAUGCCAGAUGUGCUUUCAAUCAUCCCUGGGGAUUUCCCAAACCUCCACCACAUGGAGAAGUUAUCCAUCCAAACCUCCACAGAGUCUGACCUCUCCAAACUGGUUAAAUUCAUCCAGAACUCUCCAAAUCUUCAAGUUUUCCACCUGAAAUGUGAUUUCUUUUCGAAUUGUGAGUCUCUCAUGACUGUGCUUGCUUCCUGCAAGAAACUCAGAGAGAUUGAGUUUUCUGGACGAUGCUUUGAAGCCAUGCCAUUUGUCACCAUUUUGCCAAAUUUUGUGGCUUUGAAGAUAUUGAAUCUUGAAGACCAACAGUUUCCAGAUAAGGAAACAUCAGAAAAGUUUACACAGGCUCUGGGUUCUCUCAGGAACCUGGAGGAACUGCUCCUUCCCAGUGGGGACGGGAUUCACCAAGUGGCCAAACUGAUUGUCCGGCAGUGUCUGCAGCUUCGGUGUCUCCGAGUUCUUGCCUUUCACCGCACCUUGGAUGAUGACAGUGUGAUGGAAAUCGGCGGAGCAAUCAGCGGAGGUUUCCAGAAACUUGAGACCUUAGAUCUUUCAAUGAACCACAAGAUUACAGAGGAAGGGUACAGACAUUUCUUUCAAGUCCUGGACAACCUGCCAAACUUACAAGUGCUCAACAUUUCCAGGCAUCUCCCAGAAUCCAUCCAAGUUCAGGCCACCACUGUCAAGGCUCUGAGUCAGUGUGUGUCCCGACUGCCCAGCCUCACCAGGCUUCAGAUGCUCAGUUGGCUCCUGGAUGAAGAGGACAUGAAAGUGAUUAAUGCUGUGAAGGAGAGACACCCUCAGUCCCAAUGCUUGACUGUCUUCUGGAAAUGGAUAGUGCCCUUCUCUCCUGUCAUUCAGAAGUAAAGGAUGCAGCCAAAGGCUACCAGUGGUUCUAGAAACCCAAUUUUCCAAAACAUCUCACUCUAGCUGAGGUGGGGGAUAAUGCCAGAAUUUAGGAUAUUGAGCCAGGAGAUACCAGUUUGGGUUAUAUAGUAAGACCAUGCCUCCAAACCAAAACCAAUACCAAACCAUUUUACUAGUAAUUGCAUAUACAAGACUGCUUAUUAACUAUGGAAGGCUGAUAAUUUUUCCAUUAUUUUUAUUUUAUAUGGAUGGGUGUUUUUGCCUGCAUUUAUGUCUGUGCAUCACAUGGGUGUGUGGUGUCUGCAGAGGUCUGAAAAGUGUAUUGAAUCCCCCAGGGUCUGGAGUUAUAGAUGGUUGAGUGUCUUCAUUUGGGUGCUGGGAACCGUACCUUUGUCUUACAAAAGCAACAAGUACUCUUAAUCCCUGAGUCAUCUCUCCAGCCCAAGGCUGAUGUUUUAUUAAAGCUUGCAGACCAUCACUGAACUUAGGAGCUAUGAUGAGCAGUCCUUGUAUGGUCCUCCUGUCUAAAGACUAGAGCUUCACUCAAGUUUAUACCUAGAAUCCUCCAUUGACAAGGUCAACAGGAAUGGGUGGGGAAGGGAGCAUUGAUCUCUGUAAAAGCCACAGUAUGAAGGAGUAUUUGAUGGAGGUAAGAAAUGGCCAGUUUAAGGAUGAGUCAGUCCCACCCAUGAUGAAGCACGAGUCGACUUUAGCACAGGAUGCAGACGACUCUUUCGAGAGAUGCUCUUUAGUCUUUCUAGGGCUUCUGUAUAGUCACCAGCCUUGGUGUGGUCAUGUUUGCUCACACCAUCUCCCAUCCAUUGCCAAUGUGAGGAAGAAAGUGGGCUUAGAGAAAACUGCUAUUGUUCCAGAGGCUUUUGAGAUCUUUGCAUGUGAUGUAAUGGCCUCAUGGUUUUCUUAGGAAGCCACAGUACUUGGUAUAUAUGAUUCUAUCUAGUAAGCGCUUCUAGAUAUAUUCAUGUGGUAGUUUGAAUAGGAAUGGUCCCCAUAGGCUCAUAUAUUUGAAUGCUUGGUCAUCAGGGAGUGACACUAUUAGGAGGUGUGGCCCUGUUGGAGGAAAUGUGUCAUUAGGGGGUGGGUUUGGGGGUUUCAAAUGUUCAAGCCAGGCCUAGUCUCUCUCUCUCUUCCUGCUGCCUGCUGAUCUGGCUGUAGAACUCUUAGCUACUUCUCUGGCAGGCAGCCAUUUUUCCUGCCAAUGUGAAAAUGGACUAAAUCUCUAAAACUGUAAGCCAGUUCCAGUUAAAUGUCUUCCUUUAUAAUGUUGCCAAGCAUCAUGGUGUCUUUUCACAGCAAACAAAUAUUGACUAAGACAGUGAAUUAACUUGAAAAUGAUUCAUGAUAUCAAAAUGUAUAUUGAAACAUCACUAUGCACCUGCCUGGUAUACUUCAAAUAUGCAUACUGUUGUGGGAAAUUAGAUCACACUGUGAACCCCAAGAUUGCAUUAUUUAUUUGAAAAACCUAUUUCAAGGUAUGGUGUGGUUCAGCCCUAGCUCAUACCUUUAAUCCAAGAGUUUUCUGCUUGACUAUUGUAAAUAGGAUUAAAUAAAGUGUGGGAGCCCACAACUGACUCAGUUUCCCAGUUUGAAUCUGAAGUCUAUUCUGAGUCAAUAGAGUUCAGGCUUGUUUGGUCCAAGACUGUGAGAAAGUUUUGAUUAGCCCACAGAGUCUCCUUGAAGGGCUGUGAGAAAGUCCUGAUUAGCCCACAAGAAGGAACACAGUAUCUAGCUAGAUGCAGGCUGCUGAUACCAGCCAGAGGUACAUUGAGAUAGAAAAUGAAACUGCCUGCUGCUUGAUGCAAGGCAGGAUAGAUAGUGGUUGAAUGCCUGUGCUGUGCACUGUUCUAACUCUGUCCUGCAAAACUGUAUAUAAGCUGGCUGUGAAAUA